CAAACUCUGCUUAACUCUGCUUGUUCUCCAAGACAGACGCCUUCAAAGCUCUUAUUCGAAACCAAACCUCAGAUUUGUGUGUGAGAAAUCCUCAGAACUUUUUCCUAGAAGAAGAUGGAGUGCGUGUUCGGGAUGGUGGGCAAUGGAUUUGCACUGGUGGUGGCGGAUUCAUCCGCGGUGCACAGUAUACUGGUUCACAAAUCCAACGAAGAUAAAAUCAUGAUCCUCGAUUCUCACAAGCUCAUGGGAGCGAGCGGUGAAGCCGGCGACAGAGCUCAGUUCACGGAGUAUGUACAGAAAAAUGUGGCGUUGUACCAGUUCCGUAAUGGUAUUCCGUUGACUACGGCUGCUGCGGCUAAUUUUACAAGAGGCGAGCUUGCUACAGCCUUACGAAAGAAUCCUUACAUGGUGAACAUUAUCCUGGCUGGCUAUGACAAAGAGACAGGCCCUUCUCUUUAUUACGUUGAUUAUAUCGCUACUCUUCACAAAGUGGAUAAGGCAGCAUUUGGUUAUGGCUCCUAUUUCUCUCUCGCCAUGAUGGAUAGGCACUACCGGAAGGACAUGACAGUUGAAGAAGCUGUUGAUUUAGCAGAUAAGUGCAUCAUGGAGAUCCGAUCUAGGUUGGUGGUUGCCCCACCAAACUUUGUGAUUAAAAUUGUCGACAAGGAUGGAGCUAGGGAAUAUGCUUGGCGCCAGUCUGUCAAAGAUGCCCCUGUUUCCGACUCUUGAAGCUCUGCUUUUGGUUGUUAUGUUUACUCUUUAAGCAUAUGAAUCUUAUGUGAUGGGAAAAACUUCAGUCAUUAUAACCGCCAAAAUAUCUGAUGCUACAAGUGUUCGUUGUUUGAUCGAUACACCAGUUGUAGUAAGGAAUUUAGUUUUAAUUAUUUCAAGUUCCAGGUUGAUGGAAAGCUGGUGAUGUGAGACUUUCUUAUGUUUCAACUAUCACUUGUUUUAUGCUAGCAUGUGUCUCUUCAUUCA